UUGUUGGCAAGCAGAGGCAGUGUAAAAAUAAAAGAGGGCUGGUGAAAAUAUUUGACUCCGAAUUUACAAGAUACAUAAUUAAAAAGCAUGAGGAUAAAUAACUACGAAGAACUGAAAAGAGUUGGUUUUCCUGCCGGGCGCUGUUUUUGUGGCAAAGGUCACCUUUUUGGAAUCUGGACGCUCCACUUACUGACACUCUGCGGCACAGGAACCCCAGCCCCACCCGAUACCGUCAUUGAUGCCGUCGUUGGACAGGAAGUUCAGUUCCCUGCAGAUAAUCCGUGUGAAGAUCGAUAUGAAUUGACAUUUCAGAUACUAUCACCGUUUGUUGCUCAACUAGCUUCUAUGGGAACGGACACACCCGAAACCCGACACCCAGUGUACGCUGACAGACUGCAUUGGGACGCGAGUGGAUCCCUGGUGCUGUCAAAUGUGCAGGUCAAUGACAGUGAAAGAUAUGAACUACAAAUCGACUGCUACAGCCCAAAACGAACAGAGCCAAGUGAAAAGACCUUCGAUUUGCAUGUGUUUGAAUCAGUUUCAAAGCCAGUGAUAACAGCAAGUGGGUGUUAUUCAACUGCAACUGUUAAUCUAAGCUGCUCCGUCACCAAUGGAACAAAAGUUACCUUCUGCUGGGAAAUUUUCUCCUUGUCCAAAGGCCUCAACGGAACUUGCCAUGGGCCAGAACUGGUGAUAAACCAUGUUAGAGAACAGGAACUAUAUGCAUUCAGGUGCACGGCAAAGAACAGAGUCAGUAAUGCAAGCAGACAACAAACAAUCACGGAGCUGUGUUAUGGAAAUGACUAUGCACAGUAAUACAAGGGACUGACAGGAAAACUGUUGACCAAGAUGGAUUGACUCCAUUUGACGUGCUCCUCUUGCAAAGUGGCACUUGUAUUGUUGGUCAGUUUUAGGAACAAUUAACUAAAAACUGGAAAAAUGGUGAUUGGGUUUUCGCCAACACUAGAAUGGAAAACAGCAGCAUGGGAACUUUGUUCAACAUUGCCACUCCUUCGACAAUGAAUUUCAUUGCAUGAGCAUUAUCCAAUUAAACUAUUGUUAAUACCCAAA